AGCACACCGACAGCAGGCGGAGUCCAUCCCCGACACACAGCACUGCUCCCCGGACAGAGCGGCGGGCAACAGCCGGGAGCGACGCAGCGGCAGCGGCCAGGAUCGGGCUGGACGCUCGCUGAGCGCAGCGGGGACGGAGCGGUGUUUCGGGAGCUGCGGGGUGAAUCGGUUGGCCGGAGACCCCGGCAGGGACCCCGGCAGGGACUCAGACGGUCCGGCGGUUCUGGUUGGUCCGCGGUGAGGGAGUGAGUGAGGUCAGGAGCUGGGUCAGGAUCUAAUCCUCUAAGAGGCUUUGCGGCUAAGUUUGGCGCUGUACCUCGAAGCUCUGCCGCCAUGAUGCAGAUCUGCGACUCCUACAACCAGAAGAACUCGCUCUUCAACGCCAUGAGCCGCUUCAUCGGCGCCGUCAACAACAUGGAUCAGACAGUGAUGGUGCCCAGCCUGCUGCGGGACGUCCCACUGGACGACGGCGCUGACCCGAGGCCGGCAGGUCCCGAUGGCGCCGCCUUCUUCCGUCACGACAUGUACAGCUCAUACGUCCUGCUGAAGUCCAUCAGGAACGACAUGGAGUGGGGCGUCCUGCAGGGUGACGAGCGGCGCCGGGACAAGGUGGCGGAGGACGACGACCUGGAGAAGCAGUUCCACUUCCACCUGAACGGACUCCACAAGGUUCUGUCCAAACUGACGCAGACGGCCGACACACUGACGAGCCGCUACAAGGAGGAGAUCGGAAGGAAGUGACCGAACCGACCCGGAGCCACUUCCUGUCGGUUCAACACGUUCAGACCUCCCUUCGUUCUCGCCGUCCGUCAGCUGUUGGGCCUCAAACGUCUUGUUCAGUCGAUCAUAGCUGAGACCUGAUCAACGGCGGUGGCGCUGCUGUCGAAGCUCAGUAUCGGCUCUGGUGUAGAAAAACGAUCGAUGACGUAAACCGUGACAGAAACAGCAAAUAUUUACAGAUCCUCCAGAAGAUUUGCUGCUUUUCUUUCCUAAAAUCUUCACAAACUGUUGCUUUGACAGUUUUGUGAAUUUUAACAAACUAAUCGAUGAAGUUUGAUUUUAUUCGUCCACUGAAAACACUGAAACGUGACAAAACAACAUUGUGGAACUGUUCUAUGAGGACUGGAAGGACACGUCCGACCUUCAGUUUCAGUGUUCCGUUCUGUUUUGUGCAGAAUUCUCGUUGGAUCUGAGAACUUUGGAUCAGAACCAUUUUAAAUGUAAAGCGUUGAGACUAAAAAACACCAAACAGUCAGAAAAUGUUGUCUUCUGUUCGAUCAGCAGCGCCCCAAAGUCAAAGUGUCCUUGAACGCAGCAGUGAGGCUCCACAAACCAACCGGCUCUUCGUUGGUUCGGAAGAAGGCUUCUCCAGAUGAUCCGACUCUUUCCGUGUGUCGGCUGGUUUUCUUUGCACUUUGUUUUCAGUCUUUUCGUUGUUUUUUCUUCUUGCUGCAAAUUCAGAACUAUGCAAACAGCAGCUCGGACACGAGUCCAGCGGCUGCAAACUCAAGAAAACCUGUUUUGAUAUUUUCGUAGCGUAACAACGUUUCAGCGUUUAUUGUGUUUCCAUGAAUUUCAGCUGAUGGACAGAAACCUGACAGUCGAGGAAUCUUCAGUUCGAGGAUUUUCAGUUUUAGAAAUUUUCGUGACUAAACAGUUGAUUUUUAGUGAGCGAUGUUAAUGAAAGAGAUUUUGUUGGACGGAUGAGCAGCGACGAAUGAAUUAAUGAUAACUGGAUGCAUUCAUUCAUUCUUCCAGUAAUUGGUGGAGUUGUUGCCGUGCUGUGCUGUACCGGUCGGGUUAAGGCUAACCCUAAACCUGACCCGUGGUUAAACUCCACCGGUCAGGUUUGGGUUGUGGUUAUAGUUAUGGUUAGUCCUAGCCUUAACCCGACUGCUGGAGUUUAACCACGGUGCAGGAUGAGGGCUAAGACUA